UGCGAUGUGGGUAGUAUAAACAAUUAUAUCGUGCUUGAGGUCUCACACCCAUUCUACCUGAACCAUCAACUCCAGCCGAAAAUCCAGCUCUGUCUAGCCUACAUACUACAAGAAAGUUGAAAGCACAGUAGAACAUAGUAGGUUGUAGCUAGGUUACCAGAGAUGGCUUCACCGGCUCGUGCGAAGGGCUUGGCCAUGAUCUGUGUGAUGUGCGCCAAACCUCCUGAACUGAGUUGUCCGUGUUUGGAACGAUACUACUGCUCGAGAGACUGUCAGCGUGUCGACUGGAAGGAGAAAGGCCAUAAAACUGCUUGUAAGAAUUUUAAUACCGUUCGGAAGGUGGGAUCUGUAGCCUCUUCGCGAAACACACCACAAGACUUAAAACAAGCGUCUACCCCACAUUCCGGUGUGAAGUAUACGGCAGCUGCAUCAGGUGUUGGUACCAAGUCGCAAACGGAAGAUAUCUCUUUUGAUGCUACGCUUGCCACCACAACGCCUACUGUGGCGAAUCGCGAUGCGUUAGACCACAAGAACACUCAAGUGACCACUGCAAGCGCUGCUAUAAAGAGCACGGCUGUUGGGGCUUCAGACUCGCGCUCGCCUGUACCGAACAUCUCGUCGGAUAAGGUGGUGGGUAGCGCAUCGGGUGAAAGCGAAGCCAGUGGUAUGCAAAGACCUUCUGCGGGUAUUAAAAGCCUGGGAUAUAACACUACACGCGUGGUGUUUGGGGAUGAGAUGGUAAAUCCUUUGGAGACGGUACACAAGGUCGAUAAGGUGGUGAAGGAAGGAGACGCUUCAGAAAAUGCUCCUGCACAUGACAUAAUGGCGGAUGGAGGAGGAGUGGGCACCCUCGUUGCCAAGACGACAGGGACGGCUCUGACCGAGCACAACACAGGCGGAGACCAUAAAGACACAGAUCUUGGUACAGAAAAAGAUGUUGGUCCGAUUGGAAAGGAUCUUGUAGAUGUGCGAAAGGUUAGCAAUGAUCAAGCAAAGCACGUCCGCGAACCCACAAUUGUCACAGCGCAUGUGACACGCACUCCCGCCCGCCCGACGAAUAUGCACCCGACAGAUAUGAAUAUCGGACACAAGGACGCUGAAAUAGUGACACAGGAAGCAAGCAGUCUACCAGAGGUGGAGAUACAUUUCUCAGACGGAUUUAGAGGUACAGAAACCAAGAGUGAAACGGCGAAGAAACGUGCCAGAAAGGGCCCAUCGAUGUCCGAGGCAUUUUCUGGUGGAUGGGGAGAGCACCUGCAGCGAUCACAUAGCACAGGCAUGCGCAGAGUAAGGAGCAAGAGUGUGAGUAGAUCCAGCUCCAGGCCUACUACAGACAACUGCGGUGGUCGACUGGCACGAGCGAAGAGUGUGUCCCAUAUUCCGUCGCGCAGAGAGGUGGCACGCAGGGCGUCUGUGAGUGUGCCGAAGCAUGGGUAUACGAUCAGGGCCCAGUCAGUUCGACCAGAGCGGAAGGCUGCGGAUGCGCAGCCAAAUGAGAAUCAGAGGCCAGUGUUCCGUGGAAAGGAAGCCACGGCCAAAGAGGACAAGGUCCUUGUUGCUAACAAUAAGCCUGGCGUGCAAACGGCGGGCCUGGACGUAGCUGACACACCGGCGGGUGAGGGAGAUGUGGCUGCCGAGCCCUCGACGAAUUCAGGACACAGUGAAAUGGUGAUUGCCAAGGCGCCAUCUCAGAGUGUUGUGUCUGCAUCACAGACAGAUGUGCCCGAGAGCGAUGUGAUGGACAUCAGCGAGAUGGACAAUGCAGAGACACCAGCCAGCCACACAAAGCACCAGACAGCCCCACAACCAACUGCCGCCGCCAAACGCUCACCUACCGGCCCUACAGCAGCCGCAAGGGCGCGCAGCACCUUGGACAGUGAGGAGAUGGCUAUGGAUAGCGAUGGGGUGGCGCAGAUCCAACUGGACGAUUGGCAGGUGAACGUGGCGGGGGGGCGGGUGUCUGCUGCAACAGUGCGUACCAAGACGCAUGGGAACGAAAGUACGGCAACGAAUGACACACAGAGUGGUAAAGGCACUAGCCUGGGUGGUACUAAAGUGAGUACCGAAGGGGUGACAAAGGGCAGGGCCAAGGAGGUUAACCCCGCCAAAGCCAAAGGCGUAGAUGUUAACAAGGCAGCAGAGGUUAAGGCAAGUAGUGAGGAGAAGAAUGUAGAAGACAGUACCAAGCCGAGCCAGCUCGAUACGGUUGAAUCUGAAGUAGACGAAGUUGCUUCUUAUAGUAGGCACCCGGUGCCCUCUGAUGAGCGGCGAAAUGAAAGCAAGGCUGCACGGGGACAACAGAGCGCUGAAGCUCAAAGUCUUGUGGGAAGCGAUCAGGGUGCGAGACACAACGAGUUUCAACAAGCUGAAGAAGAGAAUGUUGAAGAGAGUGUAGCAGGGGAGACCAAGGCGAAGUCGAACACUGAAAAAUCUGUCAGCGAGACGUUGAUUAGCAAGCAACCGGCUGAGGUUACAGAUUCAUCCCUUGAAUCAGUCAUCAACGGAGUGGCUGAGGAUGCAGAAGGGCCGUUGAGCUUUGACGGUUUCGUCAAGAGCCUUCAAGAAAAUAUACGUCGUAAAAACCAAGGUAACCUCAUCGAUAGCAGCCGACAUACGAAAGAAAGUACGAUGAAACAGCAAGAAGUCGGAAAAGUUAGCAAAAAUCAGUCCGAAAGCAAACGCGACCAAGACACAACUGAGCAUACACACGCUACGGGACCGAUACAGGACGACACAUUCACACAGAAUGGGACUGCUGAAUCGGCUAAGGCAAGUGCGCGUAAGUCCAGACCAAAGACUAAGCCUUAUGAGGCAAAGAAAAGGGCCAACAAGAAGCGCAAGGUGCCGGCAGCUACAAGUCACAGCCAAGACGGUAGUGUGGCUGUGGAGAGCGCUGAACACCGCACCUCAAACAAGCCAGUGACAGGCCCAGAGGUUAGUUCUGCACCAACUGGCAAAUAUCCGCCUCGAGUUAUGCGAUCUGCCAAGCAGCUGGCAAUCAUGGCAGGGGACGGAGACGAGGGGACCAAGGGGGAGGACGUUGUAGAGCUGACUAGUGAGGAUGAAGAAUUAGUACCACGCGCAUCUCCGGUCAAACCCGCGUCCAAAACCAGCAGACAGGCUUCCAAAACAAGCGCUAAAACGGUGAAAGCAAAAAGAAACCCCAUCAAAUCACCAAGUGUGAAGGAGCAGCGAGCACCUUCACGUGUCAGCGACACAGACAAGAAUACAAAGCGUGCGAACGGCGCCCAGAAGCGAAAGGCCAGCGGGCAGCAGCUGUCGCGCACUCAAGCCCGAUCUCGCAACGGGGAUAAGGACAGUACAGAAAACGGGGCAAACGAUCCCAGGCUAGCCCUAAAGCUUGAGAAGAAGAAGAAGGAGUUGGCCAAGUUAACGUGCUGGGACUUUGAUCCAGCCGAGGUGCAGGCCCUUCCCAAAGGCCGCGCCACGCGGAGUGGAAAUGCCAUAGAAGCCGCAGUUCCCCCCACUCUCACUCCGGAUGUGAGUGUAAGUACGAAUGCCAAAUCCAAGGCUAAAACAUCGGGCAAAAGCGCCAAAUCUAAGACGUCUGGUACGAGCGCCGAGACAAAGACACCUAGCAAGCGGGCCAAAUCCAAGGCAUUUGGUAAGGAUACGACGAGUACGAGUACUGAGGGUGGCAAAUCUAAGGGAUCGGGUAAGGAUACUGCGAGUACGGGUAGUGAGGGUGGCAAAUCUAAGGGAUCUGGUAAGGAUAUUACGAGUACGGGUAGUGAGGGUGGCAAAGGCUCCAAACUGUUUGUUGAUAGUGGCAAAGAUAUUGCUCGGCCGCACGUGACCAGGCGAAGGCUCCGACAGGCGAAUGAGGGAUCAACCGGAUCAAAGAACACCACAGCAGACACACACCGUACAGCUAAGAAGAGGACGCGCAGUGAAACGCACGCAGACUCAGAGUACGACUCGGACGGUGACGACAAUGCUGAGAAGGCUAAGGCGAAGAAAGUCGUCAACAAGAAAACACGUGUAAGUGGUGGAGUCAUGGACGGCAAAGCGUUGAGCAGCAGUGCUAGCAUUUGCGGGAAACCCUCACGUACCACCCGUGCACGCGCCAGAGAGUUGGCGGGUAGCACGGGCGAGGACGGGAGAGCGUUUUCAACGGAGACUGUGUAUAAUACACACGCAGAGGGACAACUGACUGUGAAGCCGUCUGGGUCUGGUGACACGGUUGUGCGUGAAGAAGAGAGUGAUAGUGAGUUGGAUUUCUCUGGCGGCUUCCUGGAUUCGGGUGACGACGUCCGCCCGAGCAUCUCGCUGAACUCGACAGACAGUGGAGCACAGUAUGUGUGUCGGGAGACGCACUGUGGCCGAUCGUUCGCACUGAAAGCGCAGCUCAAUGCACACUCCACUGCCAAGCAUGGGAGGUCCACGGCCUUACAUUGCCUGUAUGACUCCUGCACCCAGAUAUACGAGUGCAGGUCCGAGCUCAACGUGCACGUGAUCGUGGACCAUUUGCGUCUGCGGCCGUUUAAGUGCGAGUUUUCGAGUUGCGCGGAGCGCUUCGCCAGUCAUGCGGAGCGCUUUAGGCACAUGAGGGUACACGUUAAAGGGCAGGCCUAUGCAUGCAAGCAUCACGGGUGCAACUAUACGUCUAGAUCUAAAAUCAUGCGCAACACACACAUGGCAACACAUAGGGUACCAGUGGCACAGGAAUGAGUGCGAAAGGCUGGUGAUAGGGACGCCAUGAGUCACAAGUACUAGAACUAUUUAAACGUGCGUGCAUAGACCAGAGUGGUUUGUCAGCCUUGUUGAAUUAAUUAAACCUAAAGUAAAC